AUGUUUACAAUUAGAUGGGUAGAUCUGUUAUCUAGUGAAUCAAAUCUAAAUAACAGUUUCUUAAAUUCAUAUAAUGCAGAUUUGGAUAAUAGUAAUGUUGGUAUUAAUUUAAAAAUAAAAAAUUUAAAGCUUUCAGAUAAUUCUGAAAAGGUAGAAAAUGAUGAGACAGAAAAAAAAAUUUUAAUUGAUGAUUCAAAAAAUGAAGUUUCUGAAAAAGUAGAUAAAAGUAAAAAAGAUAAUUGCAAUGAUAAUGAUGUGAAAAAUGUAAAUUGUAAUGAAAAAAAUAUAAGUUCAGAAAUAAAUAAAAAUAGUAACAAACCAAAUUUAAUAACCAAUUUAGAAUCUGGAAUAAAAAAACAAAAUGAUAUAUCUAGUAAUGUUGAAGAGAAUAAUAAUAAAAAAAUUCAGAAGAAUAAUACAACUAAAGGAGAUGGAAAAAUAGGAAAAAAAAUAAAUGAUAAAAAUAUAAAAUAUAAUGAAAAAGAAAAUUUAAUUAAUAGUGAAAAUGAUGAUAAAAAUAAUGUAAAAGGAAAAAGACAAUCUUUAACUAAAUUAAGAAAAACAUCAAUUGGAAAUUCAGUCAAAUCAGGACAUUCUUGUUCUGUAUCUCGUGCAACAUCUAAUUCAUCGAUGAAAAGAAAUUCAUAUAAUGCUCAAAAAAGCAAAAAAAAUAAUAACAAAAAAGAUGUAAAAAAUUCCUACUUUUCAAAAUAUAUAGUUGAAAAAAAAAACAAUAAUGAAAAAAAUGGAGAGCAAAAUGCAGAGCAGACUGAACAAACUAACAAAAAUGCUGAAAAUGACGAAAAUGACGAAAAUGACGAAAAUGACGAAAAUGACGAAAAUGCUGAAAAUGCUAAAAAUGAUCCCAAUUUAAACGAAAAAACUAACAUGAAUGAAUUAUCAGCAAAUGGAAAUAAAAAAUUUAGUAACCUUUUAACAAUGCCUGCUAACAAUUUAAUAGGAACAUUAUCCAAAGGAAAAAAAAGAAAAGAAAGAAAUAUAGAUGAUCAUACAAGUAUGUCAAAAAUAAAUUGUACAAUAUCUCAUGAUAUAGAAAUAGAUGAUGAUAAUAAUAUUCCAUUAAACCCAACUAAAAAAGUUAAAAAUAAACAAAAAAAUAAAAUAAAUAAUGAAAAUAAUUUUGGAAAUGAAAAUGCUACUCCAACUAUUUAUAAUAAAAUGAAUUUAAAAGGACUAACAGAAAUUAACUAUUUAACAAAAAUAAAUAAAGAAAAUAUUAAUUUAGAAAAAUUCAAUAAUUUUAAUAAUAAUUUUAUUAAUUAUUUAGGAGAUAUACGAAACAAUCCAAUUGAUUCUAUGCAUAGUGUCAAUAAUAAUAGAGUAAAUAGUAGACUUAAAGAAAUAGCUGUUGGAAAAUCAACAAAAGAAUAUAAAAAUUAUGUUAAGCUUGUUAAAUAUGAAGAUAGAAUGGAUGAUGAUCCAGCAACUCCUAAUGCAUAUGAAAAUAUAACCAAUGCAAAAUUUCAAGCUAAAUAUAAUUUGUGGCGAAAAAAAUUACAUAAAUUUGAUACAAUAAAUUAA